AUUUAUUCUUUGUCUUUUCUAUUAACACUAUUUUUUUAUUUAACCUUUCCAUUUUUAAUUAUUUCAUUUUCUUUUUCCAAAAAAAAGGUUUCAGACUUUCAGGAUCACAUCUCUUACUCUUUUAGUCUCCACGGUUAACAGCAAUUAAACAGCCCCACACACUUUCAAUCCUUACUUUUUUUUCUUUGUCUUUCCUUCAUUUUGGCGCCAAUAGCUAACGGCGGCGAAGGAAGGAAGAUGAACGGCGUCAUGGCAGAGUCGCCGGAACUUAUGGUAGAUUCAUCUUUUUCUCCGGUGCCUCAAAGAACGUCGUCAACUGAAUCUAACUUCCGCGAACUUGAUGAUGCCUUUUUACAGAAACAAGCAAGAAUAUGGCUUGGAGAGGUCUUGCAGAUAAGGUUUGAUGAGCAGAUGAACAUUUCGGAAUUACUUGCAGAUGGGAAGCUUCUAUUUGAAGUGUCUGAGGUGUUAUCAAGAAUGCUACCAAUGCUUUCCGUUGAUGAAACUCUGCUUAAAGUAUAUGAAUGGAAACCUCUUGCAUCAAACAAGAGUACACGGAGAUAUAUGCCCUAUUAUAAUGUCGAUUCAUUUUUAAGGAUGUGCAAAAAUCUGGGCAUGGAUGGAAUUGAUCUCUUCACUCCCUCUGAUGUUGUGGAAAGAAAGAACACUAGAAAAGUUUGCAUGUGCUUACGUUCUCUUUCAAAGAAAGCAAAGCUAAGAGAAUUAAAUGUUCCUGAUUUUGAUAGUGUAACUUGCACUGUAGUCAUGCCAACUGACAUGGUUGAGUGCAUUCGCAAAAGCCUAGAGAUGUCACAAUCAAGUUCUUCUUUGUCAGUUGAACAGGAUGCAGAAAAAGUCUCAAGGAUUAGAUAUUGGCGGAGAAUGUCUGAUACAGCCUCUGCUGUUAGUAAUAGUUGCCCAGACAAUGGUGAUGAAGCUGAAAGUAGCUUUGUUGUUGCUGAUACUAAUGGAUCUUCAGAUUAUGAUGUUGCUGAAUCUCUGGAGAUUUUAGAUUCACCAGUAGUCGCAGACUUUGAUUCUGCACUAGAGAUAAACGUGAAAGACGUAAAACAUGAGGAUGAUGAUCAGUGUGAAUAUCUAUCACCAUGUAAAGUCGAGUCUGUUGGUUCACCUUGCUCGCAGUAUUACAGUGAUGAGGAUCUGUGCAUGCCAUCCUCGAAUUGCCUUGGUUCCCGUAUCAGUGGUAAAGGUCCAAAAGUAAAUAGUGAUACUGAUAGUGAUUUUAGAAUUGCUGAUGUGAGCCAUGUUCCAAUCGAUUGGGAAGAUUUUCAUGAGGAUGUCGGGAACUAUAAAGAUGUGAAUGCAGAUGAUGAUGAAGUUGAUUCCGUAUCUCGUGUGAAAAAAAAUGGAGACACAGUUUGCUCACAUGAAUUUUAUCCUUCUGAGAAUAACAAAUCCAAUGAACAUCUUAAAACUUCAAAUAAUCCUUCUACAGAUGACUGCGAAAACAGCUCGGAGUUGGGUGAACUUCACUCUAAAUGUAAAACAGAUUUUCUUCAUGCUGGUGAUGAUCAAAGACUGCGUCAUGAGGAUAAUCCAUUAGACAACAUUGGGGCCAAACAUAUACCAUUUGUUGUUGAAGUAAAUCCUAAUCCUUCUACUUGUGGGAACACAAACAAGGAGCUUUCUAGUGAGUUGCUAAUAGAAAUUUCUCAUGUCUCGAAACCCACCCAAUUGCCUGAUUUUUCAUAUAAUGUUGAGAAAAAUGUGUCUGAAAAUGGUAAUGUUAGUUCAGAAGAUGGGGAAGGUCAAUUAAGGUUUGAGCAAGAGGAGUCUCCUUGUUCAAUUGAUUAUGAUGUGCAAAAUCACAAUUGUUCGAGUUUACUGGUUGCUAAUUCCAAUAGUCAUGAUGAUCCUUGUGCUUUUGAAAGAUUUGUUGCUCAAAUUGGGGAAUCUACUCCAUUACUCCUUGACGUGGACACCAUUAUCAGAGCAGAUGAUCACUGUUCUCAAAUAAAUAACGAUAGAGAGGAGGCAUUUAGUAACAUUAUGAUCGUGCCACAUCACACAGAACAAAACUUUGACAAUGGCUAUAUAGAUUGCAAUGCAGGUAGUUUGUUGGACAUGCCUUGCACGGAUAUUAAUUCUUCACCCUUUAUGGUGAUGUCUAUGAACAGCACAAAAUACUCAAUGGACUGUAAUAUCGCGGAGGAUGGAUCCGAGGGUCAUGAUAAUUUGAUUGAGAGUGUUGAUGACAAACUUAUAAACAAAGAUGACCUGCUUUUUGUUAAUAGUUUUAUUACGGCCCUUGGUGAGCCACAACUAAACUUUGAACCUCAGUCUCUGACUAGCGUGGAAGAUACUGGCCAUGCAAAUCAUCGGUGUUUGCAAGAAGUGGAAAAGGGUCCUUUGUUUUCAUUUGCAGGUCUCGAGCCGAGGGUUUCACGAGCCUCAACCUCUUUUUCUCCUUUGAUAAGGGGAGAAUCUGAAGUAGUAAAGCAAGAAGGUACUGGCAAAGAACUCCAAUCAUAUAAGCCCCUAAGGAAAUUGUUGAAGUCAGUUGUUAAGGGUACAGCAGUAUUAGGUGUUGCUGUUUUCUUGCUCCACCUCAGGAAAAACAGACGGGAGAAUCGCUCUGAAGCAAAAAAGCAAGCAACUCAUAUUGUGAAGCAGGGUUUGCACAAGCCAAAACAAAUGGGUCAAAAGGUUGGUAGUACGAGCAGUGUAUAUCCAGCUGAGAAGCUUCGUCUUGGUAUAUAGCCUAUAUAAAUAACUUCAUCGUAAAUGGGAAGAACUCAGAUAAGUACAAAAGCCUAUGCAUUCAAGAUGAUGUCAUCUAAGGUAUGUGCUACCACAGGCGGAUCUUGAACAAUAUCUGUAGGGGUAAUUAAUUUAAAAUAUAAAUCAAAUAAAUGAAAAAUUAAGGAGGUCGAAUGAAAUACAAAAAAUAAGAUAAGGGGGCUGCCCCCGACAGGUGUGAAAGAAGAUCCACUACUGUGUGCUACGAAUGCCAAGGUCCUAGCCACCUAGGAGCUCAGUCUAGGGGAACAAUACCCCUGUUUUUAGCCGGGGAAAUGGUUGUCGUCUUGUCGAAGGUCCGAGUAGUAAAAUAGCCAAUAUUUCUACCUACAAACUUUUGUUUGGCAAUCCUUUUCUUCAGAAAAUCCUGUUUAAAGUAAUCAAAUUGAUUUUGCAGCAACAAUCAGAAUUCAGAACUUGUUAUAGGAUGCUACAUUGAUUGCCGCCUUAUUUAUUUAUAUGUUUUCCGUCUCUAAGAAUUUGCACUAUAUGACUCAAAUAUGGGAGUUUUUGAGUUUGAGUUGUAUGGUGCAAAUUCUAAGAGGAUAUAAAGAGUAUUAUUUAUGUAAAAAAUGUUUGUAUGUAUUAUUUCUGAUUCAAGAUUAUUAAAUAAAAAAAGCUCCUUGAACUUGUGUUUUGGGGGAGAACA